AUGUCUACUCAUCAAGAUAUCGAGUCAUCAGCAGAAACAGCCCAUAACCCCCACGACGAAAUACAUAAGGGUGAGUUUGUUACAACUCAACAAGAUUACUUGGCCCCUUUCACUGGGGGCUUGAUAAGCGGCUACCAAGUCAGACCUUCUCGUAAGUUUGCAAAUCCAGUCCCAGCAGGCGUGUUUUCACUGGGUACUUCUCUGUUCACUUUGGGUCUUAUUCUUGCCGGAACCAGAAAUGUAUCAAGUCCAGCAGUUUUAACAGGUUCCUUUUUGUUUUCUUCAGGUUUAAUCCAAAUCAUUUGUGGUAUCUGGAGUAUUGUCCUUGAGAACGUCUUUGGUUCAGUACUGCUGCUAUGUUAUGGUGGUUUCUUUGCCUCAUUUGGUGCAAUUCAGAACGGGAUGGGAGUAGAUGCCUAUACCGAUGCGGAUGAAUUGACUAACGCGUUGGGUCUAUACGUUGCAGCCUGGACUGUCUUUGCCAUUGUCCUUUGGACGGCUACUUUUAAAUCGACCUUGCCGUUGUUCUUACUUACGUUCUUCACAGCUAUGUUUUUCCUUUUGUAUGAUAUUGCCAUCUUUGGAAAUCAUACUGGAUGUGAAACUGCUAGUGGUGUAUUUUGUUUUCUUGCUGCUAUGUGCGCUUUCUAUGCUGGAUAUGUCGGAAUGACCAAAAACCAACGUAACAGUUAUAUUCCUGUUCCAAAAACAAAAUGGCUGCUAAUGCCGUCAUCAGCUAGGUCUCCUGAUUAUAAUCAAGCAGGUUUUUAUGUCUAA